AUGGCUGCUUCGCAACGGGUACACGGCAAGGCUGUGGCGAUCGCUGUGUGCGACAUGGAGGCUCAGCGCCAGCGGACAAGUGGCUGGGUAUCGUUGGGCCGCCAUUGUAACGAGAAUGGAAUCGACCAGACCGAGCCGGUGAACGCGUGGCAUGUCAACGGUCAGAGGAAGACGCCGGAAGUAAACCGGGUGGUGGAGGGUUUGAAGAUGUACCUGGAGGUAUUCUGCUGCACUUUGCCGACGCCUUGUGGCUUUCCGAUGCCAAAACGCAUCGUCAGUGAAGGCCACAACGCUUAUCUUAGCCGCACUGGGUCAUCUGCAUUCGGCAUGAUAGGUGGUGUCGCCAGAACCACUCGCCACGGCGCGCGAUACAUGCUCAACGGCGCGCAGCGCGCUUCUGCUUGA